GUGAUAAACUUAUUAAAUAGACUUUUAUGUUUGUCAUUGUAUAAUCUUGAGAAAAUUUCAGCACCGAGAAAUGGAAGCCAAUAACACCGUGAAUGUGAGUUUAGUUCCUUGUAAGAAUUGCGGAAGAACGUUUAAUCCAGAUGUUCUAUCUAAGCACGCGCCAAUCUGCGCCAAGAACGCUAAAAAGAAAAGGAAGGUGUUCGACUCCGGCAAACAAAGAGCAGCAGGUUCAGACGUCCCCAUAUCUGCUGUGUUGAAACCAGGACAAGCACCCAAAAAAGAACCAGCUAGAUAUCAGAAGGCUCACGAAGCCACAAGGAAUAAUUGGAAGUACAAACAUGAGCAGUUGGUGGACGGAAUGCGAGCAGCUAGAGGUGCCCCUCCCAUGAAGUCCAGUGGAGGCUCCGCCCCUCCUCCCACCAUGAAUCCUGGAAUGGAGGCUUGUAGAUACUGUGCAAGGACUUUCAACAGGGAGAGAGUUGAGAAGCAUGAGCAGAUUUGUGGUGAACAAACAAAACGUGCCCAGAAAGACAUUGGAAAUAAGACUCGAGGUGGAAUGGCAGCACGCGGUGGUCCGUCACGAGGAGCUGCGAUGACUGCCAGUCGGAACCCACCACCGGGUUCAUCAGGAGCUACAUCUAGGGACAUAGGAGCACUUAGCAGCUCCAUGAAACCUUCACCAAGCGCAUCAGCAAGCUUGCGCGGAGGCAGCACAAAAGCGGGUAGUCCUGUAGGUAGUAGACCGGCUCAAGGAGGCGGCAGAGCAGCACCUAGUGGAUCCAGGGGCCAAGAGAGGCCAGGAAUGGCACAGCAAAGAGGGGGCGGAAGCUCAACUCAGAACACAACCAAUGGCCGCAGCCAAUACGCAAAUGUACCCAGUAGUGGCGGCGCCUCUAGACAAGCACCACCUGCUGCCGGAGGAGGAUCGGGAGGAGGAGGAGGACCUAAAUUUUGCGGCAGCUGUGGCACAAAAUUUUCGGGGACCACUGCCAAAUUCUGCUACGAGUGCGGCGCGCAAAGAGGCCGCUGAGGCAUUUGUCAUUUUUUGUUUCAAUUUCAAUCGUAGCUUUGUUGCAUUUAAAUGCCACAAUUUUUUUUCGCGUUCGAAGUAUAUUUCGAUUUUGUGCCAAUAUCAGUGAAUCGUAUUUAAGAACAUAUUUUAAAUGCCUUUACUUUACUCUCUUUCCUGCCAUGGUGCUACAGCUAACAAAAGGAACGAGUAGCCGCGUUUUGAACAUCAUAUCCAAAAAAAAUUUCAAAUUUGGUCCAGCAAUGUAAAUCCUCCGAGCUUUCUGAAGAUUUCCAUUGCAGUAAAAAAUCAAAUGCAUUUUUGUUAAAAUCAGCUCAGAGGAAUUUUUUAAAUCAUAGUUUCCUGCGCCCACCUUAAUUCUUUUUUUUGCGCCAUUUCCUGAAUCAAAGGCUGUAUAUUGUGACGUUUGUCUUAACUGUACUGUGUAUAUUCGACAUUUCAUGCUUAUUUUGUAGUUGUUGCAAAUAAUUGUAAAUUGUAAAUAUAACAUUUUGACGUAAUUUUGAAUCACUAUGUAGAAAUUGCUUCGAAUUUAAAUUAAAAUGAAAA